AUCUCCCUCUGAUGGACACCUCCUACCCCGUGCAAAAGCCCAGGUCACGUCACCUCCAGCUGUGGAAGAAACGGAGCUGCUCCAGAAGCUUUACCAUCUCCUGGAAGCCAAGGGGUUUCAGACAAGGAUGGAAGGAGUGGAACUCCUCCAAGACCUGUGCAAAACCAGCCCCCAGCUCAUCUCCACUAACAUUGCCCAAAUUUUUGAUUAUUUUGUCCUGAGAAUAUCUGACAGCCACAAGAAAGUGAAGCAGAGGGCACUGGACGUGCUGGCUGAAAUCACAGGAGCCCUGAAAGAUGCCUUGAACCCGGUGAUCAUUGGUUUGGUGGAAGGAAUAACAAAGAACCUGAACUCAAAGGAUCCCAGGGUUCGUGGGGCAGCUGUGAAAGCACUGGAAGAAUCCAUUGCUCAUUUGGAUAAAGUGUCACUGCUGAAAGAGUUCAGCUACCAAUGGAAUCACCUGAGUGGCCAAGCCCUGCUGGAUGUCACCGAGCGUAUCACAGUGCUUGUGCAGGGGGUUCAUGCCAGGAGCCCUGAAGUCGCCCAGCGCGACGCCCUGCCCGUGCUCUGGUCCUGCCUGGGGAACAAGGCGCUGCCUGUGCGGAGCGCCAACGUCCGCACCGUGGCCACCAAGCUCGCCUCUGCCCUCUGCAAGGUGAUGGGCACCCAGCUGAAGAAAUGUGCUGCCAGCAAGCCUCCACAUGUGCGGGAAAACCUCUCCAAAAUGCUGGGCUGGUGAAGGUGAGAUGUUCUCCAGAAAGCUGAGGAAGCGCUGAGUUGGACACCUCUGGAUUUGCCUUUUGAGCUGUGCCAAAAAUGACAAAAUCCUAAGGAAGGGUGUGCAUCUGCCCCUGCUCUCUCCAUUGCCCUUCCUAGUCAUGGCAUGGGGGGCCUGGAGCAGCUCCAGAUGGAGGACAAGGUGAAGGCAAUCAUGGCUC